AUGUGACAUCAUCAGCAGCUGGUUGGAAAAUGCUAACUCUCUCCAACUUUCCCUCUCUCUUCCUAACUAUUUCCCUCUCUCCUUCUCCCCCUCCCUCUCUCUCUCCCUCCUCUCUUCUCCUCCCACUCUCCUCCCUCUCACCCUCUCUCCCCAUCUCUCCUACUCUCCCUCUUCCUCAGAGACGAAAGGAAAGAACGCUUGGUAUAAGGCUGUGAUCAUCAUCACGGUGCUUGGUAUCACAGCGAUAGUUGCCCUGGUGACAACAGCAGUAUUGCAGAACAAGCCUCUCCUACAGAAGUACAAGUAUGGGAUCGUCCUGGAUGCUGGCUCCUCACAUACAGCAGUGUAUAUCUACGAGUGGCCAGCAGAGAAGGAUAACGACACUGGAAGAGUGCAGCAGACACACUCCUGCAAAGUCCAAGGUGCUGGUAUCUCCAGCUACUCUGUGUUUCCAGGGCAGGCAGGGGCAUCUCUGAAGAGCUGUAUGAAGGAAGCAGAGAGCCUCAUCCCCCUCAGCAGGCACCACGAGACCCCCCUCUACCUGGGGGCCACCGCCGGAAUGAGGCUGCUCAGGUACCCUGGAUGCAAAAUGUUGUUUUGUAGGAUAGCUGCAAGUAUUAUCCGUCGGAUGAUUGGUUGAGCCUUCUUGGGUGCGUGAACACUCCCUUAACAAAACACCAAACCAGGCAAACAAUUUCCCUCGUC